AUGGCUUCCUACCUGCAAGACUCUUUUUCCUUUCCCGUUCAGCAUCAGCAACAGAUGUACUAUCCAGGCGUUACUUACCCGGACUACCUGCUUCAGCCUCAACACCCGCUGGAUGACUACCAUGCUUCCUUCGGUAUGGCCGAGUACGCCGACUUUAUGGCGCCCGGCAUGUUGAACGAUGAGUUUGGAGAGGGGGAAGAGGUUUCGACGCGGCCAAGGCUCACCAAAGAACAAGUUGAGAUCCUGGAGGCCCAAUUUCAGGCCAAUCACAAACCCAACUCCCAAGUCAAGCGGCAGUUGGCGAUUCAGACCAAUUUGAAGUUCCAAAGAGUUGGCAAUUGGUUCCAAAACCGUCGUGCGAAGGCGAAGCAGCAGAAGAGGCAAGAGGAGUUCGAGGCCCAGAAUGGAUCACAGAAGCAGCCCGAGUCCAAAGAGACCCCAUCCGCCGGUACACCAAAACGAGAGACUCAAGCGGAGACUAGGGCCGAGGCUGCCUCUCCUAUGCGAUCAGUGCCUUCGCCGAGUAAACGAUCUCAAUCGAGCGCACAGAACUCGCCGUCGCCAGUCAGGCUCACCGAUAGGUUCAAGGAGGCCAGCUGGGCAUCGCUUCAAAGAGCGCUGGGUCAAGCAAAGGCGGCACAAAACAAGCAGCCCACGCAGCCCAAGGUGACCAUGCCUCCUCCGGAGCUCCCUCCACAAUCGGUGCCAAUGCAACUUCCACUUCGCAUGAAUGGGCAUCACCCCAGUUUCUCGGCUUCCAGUCUACCAACCUGGCCGAAUCAGCCUCCAAGUGCGGCGCCAUAUCCGUCGCCAAUGACGUUGCAGGACACAUCGUUCGAUUUUGGGUUCGACACCGAGCCAUCAAACACGUCGAGCCAGGGCACGGACUCCAACGAUGCCAUGGCAGACUUCAUCCACGAUUCUUUCGUCGUGACUCCAGAAGAUUGGCAGGAGCCCUUGGCCACCCCCAAAGGCAUGCCUCAACAGCAAAAUGACCCCAGCAACACCUUGCCUUCGCCGGGGUUGACAAUGCCAUCGUACCCAAGUUCACGACGAGAGUCAGCCACGGACGACCUGUCCAACAACUUUGGCAACUUCGCCUUGGUGAGCAGCUCACCGACUGUGCGGACACAUCGGCGUGCUUCUGAACUCAUUCGUCCUCCGCAAAGCGGUGCGCUGGACAUUGCCGCCCGACGCAAGCGACCUCGGCCAGCUGCUCUCACCUCUACUUCUCUUCGGAGUCGGUCGUACGGUGCCUUGACGUCUGUUUCACCCACUUUCCGACAAGGCGUGAUGAACACACCCCCCGUGCCCCAUACGGUUCGCCAUGUCAAGUCCGCCGGCCACAGUCUGAACUCACGAUAUGCUGGCGUCCGCAAGUCCAGUUCGGCUCAAAGGUCGCCCAUGUGCGUUGCGAGUUUUGCGGAGGCCGAAGCAUUCAAUCAGUUGAUGGCGCAACAAGCGAUCAAUGCGCAGACUCUUGCCGAGUUGCCAGCCCCGUCGCUGUCACCCGACCUCGUGGCCGACACUCAAAUGAAUGACCCAGAAAAGAAUCCGUUUCGCGCCCGUAACAUAAAUCCGAUGCUGGCAACACAGAAUCUUUCCGGCACGACUGCCUCACCUCCUGGCUCGCCGAUGAUGGGAACAUCGAUGAUGCGAGGGCUGUCUCAACAAUCUCUGUGUCCACCUGCUUCUGCGCCAGCACACUAUUCAUCUUUCCAAGACUAUACACCACCAUAUUCUGCAGGACCUCUCACCAACAGCAGUUGGUCUGAUGCCGCCCUGACUUCCCCGGAGAUGCCAUCGUUCCCGUCGGUAAGCUAUGUGCCUUCUCUGGGAUACGCCGGACUCUCUGAUGGAUUGCACGGGCAAUAUCAUCAUGCUGUCCUACCGUCCGAUCACAAGUCGGAUUUGACCUACGACGCUCAACUCGACCGUAGGCAGACGGAGUUUUACAUUCAGGAAUUCCCGAAUCAGAAGGAAGAACAUGCGAACAUUGCACAACACCUGUCUCAACAGAAACCGCGAAACUAUGUGUUUGCCAACAGUGCUCCACAAGACUAUGCGGGCCCUUGA